AUAGGCAUAUUUUAGACGAAUCAUUUCGAAGAGAGUUCCGAAGAAAGGGGGCGAGAUCAUGCUACAGGUAUUAAAAGCUAAGACUGGAGUUUCUCAAAGGAAAGGAAAACACGCGGAUUAGGUGCAUGCAACGUCCCUGUGUGGUAUAUGUCCGAGUGGAAUUGUUGGGAAGUGAACUGAUUACAACGUGCUACAGAUUGAAAAACUAAAGGAUGAGCAAAGAAGACCCAAGUGACAUAAAAAGUCCAGAGACAAUAUUCUCUUUAGAUCUUCCAAAUCCUCAGGCAUCAGCGGCGGCAGAUGACCUUCACCUUCCCGCUGCACGCGCUGCAGCAGACGAUACAGUUUGCGCCGCAGACAAGGAGUCCGACCGCUGCUGUGAACUUAGAACUCCAAAGUCAGAGCUAGAACAAAGUAGGUUUAGUAACGAAAUAUGCACACUAGAAACAUCUUUCCCGGAUAACCCUCCUCCGUAUGACAGCCUCAGUUUUGGACCUCCAAUUCUUGCAAUUUUAUCGGAGUUAGAAGAAAAAAGAAAGAAAGGGCGACAUCGAAGUCGGCCCCAGUCCACGGACUACUCAACUUUACCGAGUAGGUUUGGAGGAUCGAGAAAAGCGUCUGGAAGUCGGCACGGGAGUUGUACUUUAGAGGACGUGCAAGAACUAAGGGAAUACUGGCAGCCAAGGCCGCCAUAUUUUCGAGUGCCGAGUGCUCCUCCUGAAGAAGAAGCAACGUCGACGCCUGACGUUGUGCCAAAAGUUGCCUAUAAAGAGAAAUAUAACAAAGAGUUUAAGGAAGCCAAAAACUUAAGUAUUCAAGAGUUAGGGACUCUCUUGCCAACAAUUAAAGAGGACGAUGUUGCAAAGAAAGACGCUAAUUUCAUUGCAGACGAUGCAAAGAAAGAGGAAAAAUGUAUAUACUGGAGACCCCGGUACCUUUUGUUUCUAGUGUUUAUCUUUGUUGCAGUAGCCAUCAUAGUUGUUGCAUACAUUUCAUGGAAAACAAUGCGAGGGCGGUAGCGACAUCCCAUUCCCUGCUCCUGCGGGAAAUCAUACGACCAUUUACACAACUGAAUCUCAACCAACGGACCGAAAGUGUCUCAACACAGUGCGUACUAGCACACGUACGACCGAACUAUACGUACACGGCGCUGUAGGAGUGUGUAGACGAGAGCGUAAGUGCCGCGUCAUGAACAGUCACGGAGACAAAUGUUGAGAAAAAGUCAAAUGCUAAAAAUGCUUUGCAAUUUAGAGAUGAUCUCUCAUUCAAACACGGUGGACAUCAAAGACAAUUAACCAUCAAUCGUCUCAAUCGCAAUUUAGUCCCAGAACGACGUUCUAAUGAGCGGUUUGAUUUAGACAUUGGAAAUGCUUGCAUACAACACGGGUUUAUUCCUUAGAUGAUAACCAUUUGAAGGUUGGUUACCACGGUUACCAUUGAAUAGUGCAAGACCACCAGUGGGUUUGUCAAGAUAAAACCAAACUUUAUCAAUUGGCAUGUCAAACCAUCAUCAUCAUCAUCUGUGUUUUAGAAAAACAGUAUUCGUUCAGCUGCACUUGUAACUAUCUUUUUUGUACUUAUUUAAUCUUGGGGUUAUUCAACUUGGACAAAUCGCAACUGGGCGGAGUCUCAUCUCCUCUUGAUAAGUGCCUCUUUUUUCCACUAGACUUUUAUGACAACCGAGGGUACCAACAGAUAUCGAGCACUUCAUGUGCCACACUUUAUUAGAGAAUCAGAAGAACCAGAGGAUCUUGGCUCCAACAUCUGUGCCGUUUGGUUCCUACUACAGCGGUUGCUUCCCAGCUGAUACGUCACCUCAGUGGUAUUUACACAUUUGGAGAGGUAGAUUUCAAUAGUUUUAGCCUUUUCAUCUCUUAAACGGUUCUGUGGCCUUUAGUUACUAUUAUGUCAAAUUGCAUAUGGAUAAUUGACCUUUAGCGUUUAGAAUGCUAAACAUGCCGGUUGGUGCUGGCAUUGCUCAAGCUCUCACCUGCUGGUGAAUGUUAGUCUCGUACAAUCAACCUUAUAUUUACCGAUGUCAGUUGUGAACACCAAACACUAUACAUAUAUGGUUAGUCCUAAGGUGUCCAUCAAUAUCCGAACGGCCUUCGUAAAUGUUUCCUUUCUCAUACAUGAAUGACCUGUCUGUGAAUGUCUCUUUAUGUGUCGUUGGUAAAGCAAAACACGAGUCACAUACCGAGUUCUACUGGUAAUUUCCAAAUCCAACGUUGAUGAAAUUUACCGACAAUGUUCUUUUAGACAUGCUGGAUAACUCAGUUAAGUAAUGAAUUGCCUCAGAUUCUUCGCCUUAGAUUUCGUUUGUCAUUUUACCCUUAUGUUAACUAAUGAAAAGGCCGAAUGUGUUUGUUGAGAUGCAUGUGGUCGCUUCCGCUGGCGGAUCCAGGAUUGCUAGAGAGCAAAGCUCUCUCUCAUGCCAUACAUUUGAAAAAGGAGAACAUUGUAAAGGCACACUUUUAGUAAAUUUAACUUCUUUAGUGGUAAUUCCAAGUAACACUCUACUUAUGAUUUUACAGUUAUUAGUCAUGAGGUUAAAGAGCCCCAUAGCUAAAAAUAAUAUCAGUCACGGUUUAUUACAAAACUACUACAUGGAGGGUGCGAAAUAACAACAUUUUCUCACUGGGAUAACGAUUUUUGGGCUGGGUCCUUAAUUCGGUUGUGUACUUUCCAAAUAUAAAAUGAGGAUGUUGAUAGAAUUUUAGUCAUAUCUUUUGAAAAAGCACAUUUGAAACAUUUUAUCCCUCUAUUUUUGUUGAACUGGAUCCGCUAGUGAAGGCGUGUGUUCUUAUAUAAUGCUUGCCUGGUUUCAGUGAGGGGAUAUAUAUAGAUCUGCCUAUUGUUGUCAUAGGGCAUAAGGACAAGGCUAUUUUGGGGAGGUUCGUGAGACGACACAUAAUUCCGUAUAAUGUACAAAUCUAACAUUGUACACGCCAAAGACAUUUCAUAUUUACAUAUAACGUAGCUAUUGCUAUAUCCAAGAAGCAUGACAGACAUGAAAUUAAGCUAAUGGACUGAGAUAAUAAUUUAGACAUUAGGGAAAGUGCAAUGCUGAGUGCAUAGAAAGUAUAUUUGAUAUAUACACUUAUGUAGAUAAUUUAAGUUUUCUUUCAGUUAUUUAAAAUGUCGGUUUUAUUGUUUUUGUUGAUGAUAUAUCACAGUAUUUAAGUAUAUACGCAGGAGGAGUCUUGAAUCUCAUGCCGUUCGACAGUGACCUCGUCCUCAAAGCUGACAAAUGUGACAACAGCAUCGAGAACGAGGUCGCCGAUCUGAAAGCGUGAUUCUCCCUCGUUUUACCGGAGACUAUUUUAGACAAAUGUAAAGGCGGAUUUCAUGUAUAUUAAUAUUUAUUUCACACAUAUAAUUGAGUUGUUUGAAGUUUUUUAUUUUUCAUUAUUUCUUAUUUCUCACAGUUCAAGCUAGACUUGAAUGAUGCGUUGGCUGAAAGAAAUUAGCUUCAUGCAUGUAAAGCAAAGUCGACAAAUGCGAGUACGGUAUGCUUUUGAUACUUUUAGAAAACCAACACCAAUCAGAGAUAGGUGAAACGUAAUAGAACCAGAAGGGUUUGCCAAAAUCGUAAUCAAUACCGAUAGUUCAAAGCAUUUGUCGAAAUUAAAAAUAGAGCCAUAUUUUCUUAACGCUCCAAUGAGAUAGGUAACCUUUUUAUGUGUCCAUUUUGACUUAUUGCAUUUUACCUUGCAUCCGUGAUGUCUUAUUUGUAUUUGUUAUGUUUGUCUUGUUAUUUAUUAUCCUGUCUAUCAUAGUAGUUCAUCCAGCUGUCUCGAAUAUAUUGUUAUCUAGUCUAUUUUUUGUUGAUGUUGAUAGUUGAUUAGUAUGAUAAAAAAAGGUAAUGGUAAAAUACACAUAUGUUUAAGUUUAUUGUACUGUAUAAUAGCUUUGAAUCACAAGCAUAAUGAAUGCGAUUUUGCAAAUGCACACAGCCAUAUUAAGGUUUAUUUCCGUAUUAAAUUAAUCAUGUAGACUCUCAAUGAAAACAUAAAACAAUCUACAAAUCUAACCGAUAGGUUAUAAUUGAAUAAUCUGUUCACAAGUAUUUCUUUCAAAAAAGUGUAUAUAUAGAGCAAUGUAUACUUACAUGAAUAUAUAGAAAUUACACCAUGAAAAUAGGUAAUCAUGGUGCUAACUUGCAGUAAUUUAUAUUGCAAUUGUCGCCAUUUUACCUCAUGUCAGUUUUCAUGAUUUUGGUUGUCUCUUCAGUGUGUUACAAUACUUCAAUUUACAUUGGUUUACCGCUGGCUGUCAGCCACACUUCAACAAAUAUAUACCGUCUCUCAUACAUAGUUUACAAGUAUCUUAUUGUUAAAAGUAAAUUUGUUCAUCAUUGUCAACUACAUGUAAAUUCCGGUGCAUUUUUGAUUUCAUUACUCUCACCUCACGGUAAAUUAUGUAUGGUAAAUUGUAAAGGUCCACAAAUUUACCAAAAAAUAUCGAUUGUUAAUAGGAUAGAUUUAGAUUUAAGUUUCAUAAAUUGACAUUACUGUAAAUUCCACUUUGCCUGGCCUGUAGAAUGGCCAAGAGACGUAAUUGAAUAAAAUCAU